GGCAGCGCGCUUGAGAACCCCUGCAUGUAGGAGGGGCUGGAGCACCCAGGCACUGCCUCCUCAUGAAUAAUGCAGAUCCAGGCGGUGUCCCGGACCCGGAAGUGGAGUUGCCGAGUCACCGCAGUGGCUGAGCUGCUGACAGGAGGCGGCGGCGGAGGAGAAGGCGAGGCAAGACCUGCGGCUCUGCCCGGCCACAGCCGCGGUAGCACUAAGGCAAGCCCACGGAGCCACGCCGACCUCAGCGAGACAGCGAACCUUCCGCCCCGCGCCCACCGCUCCAUCUGCCCGGACGCUUGCCCGCCCGACUAGUCCCGGGCGGCCUAGUCUGCACCACCCACCCGACUCCUGGGGCCGCCGCCCCGCGCGGUCCCGUCGGCGUCCCUGGCCGCGCCCGGCACCCGGCCCGCUCGCCCGCCGGCACCAUGAUGGAGGAGAUCGACCGGUUCCAGGUGCCCACCGCGCACUCGGAGAUGCAGCCGCUGGACCCAGCCGCCGCCUCCAUCUCAGACGGGGACUGUGACGCCCGGGAGGGUGAGUCAGUAGCCAUGAAUUACAAACCAUCCCCGCUCCAAGUGAAGCUGGAGAAGCAGCGGGAGCUGGCCCGGAAGGGCUCCCUGAAGAAUGGCAGCAUGGGUAGCCCUGUCAACCAGCAACCCAAGAAGAACAAUGUCAUGGCCCGGACAAGGCUGGUCGUCCCCAAUAAAGGCUACUCCUCGCUUGACCAGAGCCCAGAUGAGAAGCCACUGGUAGCCCUUGACACGGACAGUGAUGAUGACUUUGACAUGUCCAGAUACUCCUCCUCUGGCUACUCCUCUGCUGAGAUCAACCAAGAUUUGAACAUCCAGCUGCUGAAGGACGGCUACCGGUUAGACGAGAUCCCUGAUGACGAGGACCUGGACCUCAUCCCCCCCAAGUCUGUGAACCCCACCUGCAUGUGCUGCCAGGCCACGUCCUCUACCGCCUGCCACAUUCAGUAGCGGGCGGGGCCAUUGCGGCCACCUGGGGCAGGGCCCCCGUGGGCCAGGUUGGACAGGGCAGGGGCCAACCCCUCCCCAGCUUGUCCGCCUGCCUCCGGCCCCUGUGCCCCCUACAGCCGCCAACCUCGUAACAGUCAUUGCUUCCUCCUAUGGUAGGACGUGUACCUCUGUGUGUUCAUGGAGCCGGAGAAACCAAAACCGGGUCUUUCUCCACCCCGGGGGCUGAGGAGCGCUGGGGGCUGUUUGUUCAGUUACCUGGGGGACCUUGCCCAGCACCCUGCCCCCCUCCCCGAAGCUGCAGUCUGGUGGGGGAGAGGAAGGACUAGACAGCAGGGAGGCCAACACUAAUGAGUGGGGGUAGGGAUCACAAAGCCAGAGGCUUGGCCCCACCCCAGUGAAGCCAUGAGCCCCCCCAGCCCCAGCCUGAGACAAGGAAAGGGGUUGGGAGGGAGAAAGUCCCAGGGCAGUGGGAGCAGGGCCCAGCACCUCAGAGCCCCUUCCACAUGCCCCCUGCCGGCCCAUAUAACUAUUUGUUUCCCCCUCCUCUCCAGAUGGGAAGCCUGGCAGGGCUGCCUAGUGGGAUACUGCCCCCCCCACCACCACCCCCCCACAUAGUAUAACUGCCUUCUGCCUCCUCUUUGCCCCAUUCACCCUGUUCCUUGCUCUCUGGGUUGUGGAGAAGGAUAAGAUGGGCCUCAGAGACAGGCCAGUUUGGGUGAUAUGAUCUGUCCUCACCCACCCCCAACCAAUGCAUCUAUUUCUCUGCCAACUCCUGUAACCCCCCCACCCGCUUCCAUUCAUUGGUCUCCAUUCCAGGCUGGAAGCAGGAGGUAGGGCCGGCCUCGAAUGCCCCAUUCCCAUCUCUCUCCAGCCCAAGAUUCCAGACAUCGCUCCCCAGAAGAAUCUUCAAGGAGGCAAGCUUAGGAGAAAACAGUGGUUGCAUGUGUAUGGUAGGGAGAACUUGGCAGAAUGUGUGGUGUCUGAGGCUGUCAGGUUGUGUGUCUGUGUCUCUGGGUUGGCCUGUCUCUCCAGAUGUCUAUUUCUGUCAUGGAUGCGAGUGUCCAUGGUGGGAAAGUGUGUAGUCUGUUAGCGAUGUGAGAGGCUGCUCAACAGUGGGCUGAGAGCCUUGGCCUGGGAGUCAGGAGCUUGGGUUGUGGCCGUCGUGCUAGCACUCUCUGUGAUCUCAACAAGCACUUGUGUUCUCUGAGCUUUAGUUUCCUCAACUGUAAAAUGAGCCGUGUCUGAAAUUACUUUUAACGUCUUUUCAAACCUGAAGGAAUUUCUUCAUAGGAAUUUCUGUGGAGUGUGUAGGCAGGUCUCUGUGUGUCUUUGAACACACCUGAGGGGCUUCCUGAGUUGUGUGUCUGUGUGGAAAGGAGAAGGGAAGUUCCAAAGGGACCUCUGUGUGUUUGGGAUCUAUUUGGGAAUACUUGUGUAUUCUGUGAACAUAUAUGUGGGGGGGUAUAUGUUGUGUGUGUCGCUCUCUGCGGCAUAUGUGAGUCAGAAUGUGUAUACUGCUGCUUCUGCUGCUGGUGCUGGUGGUAGGGGAGAGGGCAGGAAAGCUGAGGAUGAAAAUCAAGAGGGAGGAAGUGACCAAGCCCCCCCACCCCUGGACUAGGCAAUAGAGACCUGCCCCCAUGUGAAGAAAUAUGAAAGCACAGAGAGCCUAAGACUGCUCAGGUCUUAUGCCUCACAAACUCCAUAUCCCAGGACCAGGGUGUACACUCCCCAUUCCUCCAUGCUGACAACCCACACAUGCUGAUGUAUGCACUCUCAUAUAUACCACUCGCGUGGUGCAAGCGAGCAGAGGA